AUGUCCAUUAUAAAUCCUCUCAAGAAGAAGCUUUCGGUGGCUUUGAUCCAAUUGAAGACAACUGCCAAUAAGGAGCAAAACUUGAGAGCUGUAGCCAAUCAAAUUCAAAAGGCCAUAUCCACUCGUUCCAAUGUAGAUUUAGUGGUUCUUCCAGAGUGUUUUAAUUCCCCCUACAGUGUUAAGGAAUUUGCCAAUUAUGCUGAACAGAUUCCCAAUGGAGAGACUACCAAGUUUCUGAGUAAACAAGCAGCUGAUCACGGAAUUUUCAUCGUAGGUGGUUCAUUCCCAGAGAAGGGUGAAGAUGACAAGAUCUACAAUACUUCAUUAACAUUUGACAGAAAAGGUGAGAUUAUUGCCAAACAUCGCAAAGUACAUCUGUUUGACAUUGAUAUUCCAGGAGGUAUCACUUUCAAGGAAUCCGUCUCCCUGUCUGCGGGGAAUAAGGCUACUGUGUUCGACUCUGGGGAAUUCGGAAAGGUGGGUAUAGGGAUCUGCUACGACGUGAGGUUCCCUGAAUUAGCAAUUCUGGCAGCCAGAAAACACAAUGCUGGAAUCAUGAUUUAUCCAGGUGCUUUCAAUACUGUCACUGGUCCUCUCCACUGGGAAUUGUUAGCACGUUCGAGAGCUGUUGAUAACCAGGUCUUCGUUAUUCUGUGUUCCCCUGCCAGAGAUUUGGAUUUUUCUUACCAUGCUUAUGGACAUUCAUUGGUAGUUGACCCCAGUGGAAAUAUAAUUGCCGAAGCUGGUGAAGGAGAAGAGAUUGUGUAUGCUGAUCUUGAUCCAAGCUUACUGGAGUCAGCCAGAGCUGGUAUACCUGUUACAACACAGCGUCGCUACGACAUAUAUCCAGACAUCAGUGAGUCAAGUAAGGUAUCAGCUGAGUAG